AUGGAGCCCGGCCGCAACACUGGUGAGGCUAGAACACCAACACUCGCUGAGCGUGCACGAAAAACUGUCACCCGCACUCGAGGCUUUGUCCACGAUUCUAGACAGAAUGUUGCCAGCGGUGCUCGAACUGUUGGCCACAAUAUUCGGAUGGCAGUUGGGCGUGCGGCUGAGCGCAUGGUCGACAACCUGCAUGUGCUCUUCCCUGGACUUAUCCGUCACCCGGUAGGAAGCUAUCUAAAGAGGGCUUACGGCGAGUUUACAGUACUUGAAUUAAGGGAUGGGGUGCCAUACCGAAACAUCACAGCCCAAUCAGAGUCGCGCAAAAUUGUCACUUCUUUCCUGCGGUCCCUGAGGCUCUCCUAUCGUUUCAUACCAGAUGUCCAGGGAGAACCUUGGUAUCUAGAUGUAGCGGAUAACAUAAAUCGUCUCGUAGCUGAAGCAGGACAAAUACCCUAUCCAGGCGGCGACAGGUUCCAACCCACCUUAGACCUUUGGCUGAGUAGGAUCCCAUUCUUAGUCAAUAUAGUCCAGCGGGAAGCAGGAAGAAAGAUCAUAGAUUCCCUGGGUUUUCCAGAUGCAGAGCCACUUCUAACGAUGGUCCUUCCGGAGGCCAAUCAAACGAUCCAGGCAGACGUCACCGUGGGGGACACGCGAUAUCGACUCCAGUGCCAGGUUGACUAUGUGCUGUGGUACGGGUUCAAGGCCGACGCCGACAUGCUCUUAAUCAUCAUCACGCCAAAGGCCAUGGAUGAAGUCCGAUUCGCGGCGCCACUUGCAGCUAUGUCGUUGGUUUAUCAUCUUCGGAAAGCCGCUGGUCGGAAUGCGGAAAUCUACGGCCUUUAUACAGAUGCCCGGGACUUUUAUUUCUACCAUAUCGAUAAUCGGGGACGGUACUCAACACAACCCUAUGUCGGGGGAGAUAGACGUCUUUUUUAUGCCUGCCGGAUGCUGGUGAAAAUAUUCGGCCAAGGAUAUGCAUUGGCUAGAGCCAUGAAAUUGACUCCAGGGUUCGCCCGGAUGACAGAACUCCAAGUGGAACGAACUGACGACACUGUCUACGACCCCAUACACCAGAUCAUGGUAGAUCUGCGCAUGCCCCACCCCCACCCAGACGUCGCAGGGUAG